UGUGUGUUUGUGUAUGUGAAUGGUGAGCAUUGAAGACGAAAACAGAAAAGGGAGCAAAAUAUCCAAUGGACAAACUACCAUCGGAGAGUGACUGCCUUAGAAUGAAGAGACGACAUUCGUUCGCAAUAAACAAAUAAUAGCUACAACAACGACAAAGCCGAAGAAAGACGCAAAGAAAUUCAAGGUGACACGUUUCUUUAAAGGAAAUGAAAAAGAAACACAAAAGGCAUAUUGGCGUAACGAACGCAAAGCAAUGCUAGGGAAAAAUUGUUUUAAAGGAUAUUCUCGGUAGACAGCGUACAACUACAACGGCAACAAACGAAAAACGAAAAAAGUUCAUUAAGCUUUACCCCUACCCCCAACAAGCAUCUUUAAAACGGAAACAUCAUAGCUGGCAAGUUAGGCAACUAAUUACAGAACCUCAUAAGCAAAAGAAGGCAGUUGAAAUCAUGUUGUGCUGUGCCACAGACAAAGGCCUUAGAGAUACAAUGCACCAAUGCAACCGCCAAGCAAAGCCCAGGGCUCAAAGGAAAACAACCAAAUUCCUAAUUGGUUGAGAUAAACAUCAAAAGCUCAAAAAAAACCCAAAGCAUAAUAAUAACCACAAGCAAUAUUUUAACCAACAAAAAUUAUCAAUCUGAAUAUCAACCAAUGCAAACCAAACUAAACUAAACCAAAACCACAACCACAACAAUAAUAAUAAUUAUAAAAAUAAUAAUAACAAAAAAUACAACAACCACAAAUAAUUUAUAAAAUGCCUUUCGGUCGAAAAUCACCAUUCGAGGCAUUGGCCUUACCCGGUGUCAUUUUAGCCUACAAAUACAGUCAAUUUCGUCAGAGACGUCGAGAAGCUGCCAGUCGCCGUGUUACGGAACGAGAGCUCUCAGCAUUGCAUCAUAAAAUCGAUAAACUACUUAGCAAACUAGAGGAAAGUGAGCCAGAUCCUCCCACAUCUCAAGAAGAUGAGUGCGUUAUCUGCAUCAACGCCAGAGCGACCAUGCAAACCUCACCGUGUGGCCAUCGCGUUGUUUGCCGUCGCUGCUUUGUCAAGACGAUACAAAGUGCAGUGGCACAACGACUGUUACCACUACGCUGUGUUAUAUGUAGGGCUAGGGUUAAUCGUCUGACCUCCAGCUCAGGCACUUGGCGAAUACAGGAAUCGGCCAGCAGCUACUCAAUGGGUGCCAAAAGUUGGGCCUCGGUGGGUGUGACGGCAGAUGGUGUUGCACCUUCGGCCAGUUCGUAUUCCAUGAAUGAUGCCCACAGUGGCCAUCAUGCCUUUCACUUGCAUCCCACACGCUUUCCUCGUAGCCCCAAUGGUCGAGUCUCGCAAUCCGACAGCCUGUACUCGAUGAGUUCGACGGGCUCCUCGUCAGCAACUUCGGUAUUCUCGAAAACGUCUUCCAUUUCAAGCGAUUUGUGUUCACCAGCCUCGCCUGUAUCACCUACCACAUAUUCAUACAACCAAACAUCCAUGGUGCUGAAUAAUCAUUUGGCACCACCCACUCCCAGCAUAUCACCCCACUCGCCAACUUCCACUUCGGGUUCAGGCACCUCGGGAGGCUCGCUGUCACCCAAGGAUCUGCAUGUACAUUCACAUCAUAGCGGCUGUCCUUCGGGAUGCUCGGGGGCAGUGCCCCGCAAGCCAUUAAAAUCUCUGAGUAACUCAUCGUCCAGUGGUUCGUGUAGUAGUAGCGGCAGUAACUCUUAUAAUAAUCACUAUGUGGCCCCUUCGACCCAUACGUAUCCGGGCAGAAGGCAUACCAAAGGAAAAUUGGUGGAGCUUCAGAAUAGACUGCCUCCCAUUAAAGAAUUUCGCAGUCCAGCCAAAGUGCCACACCCUUCGCCGGUGCAUAUAAGCAAUCCAAGAUUUCGCUAUGCUUCCUAUACUAAAACCUCACAUGACAAUGCCAGCUCUAAGGAACCACCUUCACCGCCAAAGCGUCCCAUGAAUAUUCACAUUAGUGCUUCCCACAACACCUUGGCUCCGCCACCCCUGAAAGCGGCUACUAAUGCCAAAAUUAGUCCACUAGCAACGAAGCAUCAAUUCUCCUCCAGAUCUGCUUAUACCACGUCUGCCACCAACAAAGAUAAGAAAUCUUCCUCCGCCGCUGCCUUGUCCUGCUCCGAAAGCGUAAAGAACCACAGCAACAACAACAACAAUGCAAACAAAGGCAAUGCUAGCAAAACGGCUGCCUCCACCAAUAAUGCUACGCUAACGAAAUCUUCCUCCGCAUCCACAUCCGGCCGCCACAACCAGUCCUCAACCACAGUGUCAACGUUUACCACAAGUAAAAGUUUUCCAUUGUUCUGCAGCAGCAACAACAACAAUAAUCACAAAGAAAAAUCGGACAAUAAGAAAAAUGAAUCGGUGGAGCGUCGAAAGGAGGAGAAACUAAAAAUGAAAGCAGACAAGGAAGCACGUAAGGAGGAAAAAAGGCUGGCCAAAGAAGAGGAACGCUUGGCCAAACUUAUGGCCAAGGAGGAGAAGAAAAAGUGUAAAAAGGAAGCCAAGGAACUGCUAUUGGCACAUGAUGGCAACAGCAAAAAAUAGGAUUAAAUUUUUUGAAAAUCAAACAAACAAAAACCCCAAAAAUAAAGGACGAACUUUACGAAGACCACAACACUAAGAAUUAUGCAUGGUAAUUCGUGAUAUUAAAGAGUAGCUUUUUUGUAAAUAAACUUAAUCGAAACUAAAAGAGAGAAACUAAGUCAUCAUGUCUGUUUAGCAAGAAAUUUUUGAUUGAAGAAAACUAUUAAAGAAGAUGUAUUUUUAUGGAAAGAGGGUAAAUAAUUAACUUUAUGGAAAAUUAACUAAAUUCAAAAAAAAUUACUUUUAGUGUUAAUAUAUAUCUACCUGUUUUACCUAAAUUUUAACUUUUAUAACACAAGCUUUCUUUUGCUUCAACUUAAAAAAAAAUCCCUUACUUCCAAAUUUUUGAGAACAGCGAAGAUACGAGGUAUGAAAGUACUGAAACCAAGUAAAUUUAAAUUUUAUAUUAGUAAAUUUUUUUGAUGAAUUUUUUUCAAAAAUUGCUUAUGUAAAGUGAACAUUUACAAUUUUUAAAAAAUUUCAAAGUAAGUAUUUUUUUGUUUAAAAAUCUUUAUGUAAAAAAAAUUGAAAAUACUUAGUACUUAAUCUACAGAAGGUAACAUACAAGCAGCAAGAUUCUGUCCAACUGAACUCGAGGUCUUUUGACUUAGUAUAUCCCACUGACCCAUUGUUGGGAAACAGAUUGAAGAACGAAACUGCCUCACAUGCUUUUAAUCAGCGAUUAAGUCAACUCAGAAAUCACAUACAGUCGUUCUUUCAUAUAAAUCCCUUUUGGGUUAAUCUUUUCACAAAAAAAUCUGUCCGAAUAUAUGAACUAGUGGAGGAAAUAAAUAUUGAACGAACUGAAAUAGUUAACAACCUAAACUAGUCAACGAAAUGAACUAGUGAAAGAACUGAACUUGUGAAUAAACUGAGCUAGUGGACAAACUGAGCUAUUGAACAAACUGAGCUAGUGAACAAACUGAGCUAGUCAACGAAAUGAUCUAGUGAAGAAACUGAACUAGUGAAGAAACUGAACUAGUUAAGAACCUAAACUAGUCAACGAAAUGAACUAGUGAAAGAACUGAACAGGCGAAUAAACUGAGGUAGUAAACGAACUGAGCUAUUGCGCAAACUGAGCUAGUGAACAAACUGAUCUAGUCAACGAACUGAUCUAGUGAAGAAACUGAACUAGCGACUAAACUAGUGAAGAAGCUGACCUUAUAAAGAAACUGAACCAAUGAAUAAAUUGAGCUGGUAAAGAAACUGAACUAGUGAAGUAAGUGGACUAGUGAAGAAACUGAACUAGUGAAGAAACUGAACUAGUGAAGAAAAUGGAAUAGUGAAGAAACUAAACUAGUGAAGAAACUGAACUAAUGAAGAAACUGAACUAGUGAAGAAACUGAACUAGUGAAGAAACUGAACUAGUGAAGAAACUGAACUAGUGAAGAAACUGAACUAGUGAAGAAACUGAACUAGUGUAGAAACUGAACUAGUGAAGAAACUGAGCUAGUGAAGAAACUGAACUAGUGAAGAAACUGAACUAGUGAAGAAACUGAACUAUGGAAGAAACUGAACUAGUGAAGAAACUGAACUAGUAAAGAAACUGAACUAGUGAAGAAACUGAACUAGUAAAGAAACUGAACUAGUGAAUAAAUUGUGCGAGGGAAGAAAGGGAACUAGUGAAGAAACUGAACUAGUGAAGAAACUGGACUAGUGAAGAAAUUGAACUAGUGAAGAGACUUAACUGGUGAAAAAAAUGAACUAGUUUACUGAAGUGAACGAACUAGUUCAUUACCUUAGCACAACACUAAUCAACAGGCUGUCCUUCCGGGUGGAGAUCCCCCUAAUCCUCUUUCGUUAUGUCAUUAGAAGAAUCUUUUUCUUCUGAGUUGCAAGUUGUUGGAUUAGCUAGACAAUGUUUGUUCUGUUCCUAAACUGUGGCAAUCUCUUUUCUUGGCAUCUUAAGUAGAUCGCCCUCGAUUAUGAAGCGUCUCUGCCAGGCUGCUUUAUACACUCUAUUGCCAAGCAAUACGUGAUUAAAGACUGAAAAAGUGUGUUGCAUUGGAAUUUCGACAAACGAAUCACUUCUGGAAAAUACCAAGUACACAAAAAUCAAAAAGCUUUCCAUGCCGAUUAACACAUUUGGGAAAGAUUCAACUGCAGUGCUCGAAAAAAAUUCCCCAAUUUGGUCUCAGAAUCAUGGAUAUUGUCUUUGUCACGUAAGUUUUCCUAUGCAUAUGCAAGACAAAUAGGUGCUUAACUUCUUCAUCAACAGUACCGUGUCUAUUUUUCAUUUUCAUGGAAGCUGUAACAGGCUAUAGAUCGAUUAAGACCAUAUUGAACACAUAUGUUGAAGGUUAUGGGAGAAGGCGUUGUACGAAAUUUCAGUCAAAUCGAAUGAGAAUUGGGCCCUCUAUCGGCUUAAGAAGUCAAGAUCCAAGAUUGGUUUACAUCGCAGCUAUAUCAGGUUAUAGACCUAUUUGAACCAUACUAAGCAUAGUUUUUGGUAACAAAAUACUUCAUGCACAAUUUCAGCCAAAUCGAAUGAGAAUUGCGCCCUCUAGUGGCUCAAGAAGUCUAGUCGUGAGAUCGGUUUAUAUGGCAGUUAUAUCAAGUUAAGGACCGAUUUAAACCAUGCGUAAUUGUUGGAAGUUAUAACAAAACACUUCAUGCAAAAUGUCAGUCAAAUCGAAUAAGAAUUGCACCCUCUAGUGGCUUAAGAAGUAUAGACCCAAUAUCGGUUUAUAUUGCAGCUAUAUUAAAACAUGGACCGAUAUGGCCCAUUUCCAAUCCCAAUCAACCUACACUGGCAAAAAGUAUUUUUGCACAAUUUUAAGCGUCUGGUUUUACUCCUUCGAAAGUUAGCUUGCUUUCGACAGACGGACGGACGGAAAUGUCUACAUCGACUUGACGACAUGACGAUCAAGAAUAUAUAUACUAUAUGGGGUCUCAGGCGAAUAUUUUGAGGUGUUACAAACGGAAUGAUGAAACAAGUAUAGCCACAUCCUAUGGUGGAGGGUAUAAAAAUAA